AUGAUAAUAUUCGUACAAAGUUUACCAUCCUCAGCCAACAGUUGUUGUUGUAAAGCACCGGAACCAUCCGGGCUAGUACCAUUUUUCUCACCUUUUCCCACUCUUGAUGAACUCGAUGAAUUGCUUGCUUAUGCCAAGGUACUCAUGGGAUUCAGCCGCUUAUCUUCCUGGGCUGAAAAAAGAGGGAUGCUGCAAGUGCAAAUGUGGUGGCGGAUGCGGAGGAUGUGGCGGCGGAUGCAUAUGUGGAUGCAAACCAAGGUAAAUAUGUGCAGUUAUCGAAGUUUUCAAACUGAUAUUGCUCCACCGUCCUAUAAACUACCGCCACCACCCGCAUAUCAACCGGCACCACCCGCAUAUCAACCGGCACCUUAUGUUGGCAAACGGAGGUGA